GUCUCUCAGUGCCGUCCGUGAUGCCCGGUGGGUUCGCCGCCAAAGGCUGGUUGAUAGGACUCAUCAGCGCCAUCCUGCUGCUGGUGCUGAUCCUGCUCAUCCUCUGCCUCAUCAAGCGCAGCAAGGGCGGCAAAUACGCAGUGAAGGACAAAGAAGACAAGGAGGUGGACUCUGAAGCUCGGCCCAUGAAAGAUGAGACCUUUGGAGAGUACAGGUGGGUUCAGCCUCUCUCCGAGUCUUUCCCUGAAGGAUGCGAGAAACACGUCAUCAUUAACACAUCAUCACAUCAUCGUGGAACAUUAGUUGAGUCUAUUGCACAUUGUAAAGCUGACGCUUCAAUGUAGAUUUGUUUCAUUUUCAAAUCAAAGCAGAAAUCAGAUCUUAUGCAACGUUCUGGUUGAUUUCAAGAGUUGACCGCUUCAGCUGUUCUGUCUUCAGGCCGCUGAUGUUCCUGCUUUAUGCAAAGAUUCGAUUGGAUGCAUUGAAACACGUUCGUUAUCAACGUAGACGGAGAACUAAUGGUGUUCCAGUCAAUUGUGCACAGAUAGGGGGCGCUGUCAUGAAAACUGAACUACAACUAAAAUGUCUCUCUUCUUUGGUUUCAGAUAUUUCUAUGAAAAGAGAACAUGGGGCAUGUGAUUUAAAGAGCAGAUAUUAUGCUGUAGCAUACGGCCUAUUAAAGCUAUUGUAGGUAAAAAAGAAAGAAAGUAAACUACGGAGGAAUAGGGGGAAUAUUCCAAGAAAUAAAUCUGAAUUGUAUCAGUUGAAGUAAUAAUAUAUGGAGAUAUUCUUUGAGAUUAAAGUAGGAAAAUGUACGAGGAAAAACUUGAAUAUUCUCUGAGAUCAUAGUCAGAAAUUGUGCAAAACCGUUGUAACGGCAGUCAAUGUUUUUGUUUCUUUCUCGUAAAUUAAUUACUUUAAUCUCAGAGAAUAUUCAAAAAAAUAUUCGUGUGAAUUUAACAUUUUAAUCUCGGAAAUUCUGAGUGUUUUUUUGGUAAAUGUACUUUAAUCUAGAAAAUUCUUAACUUUUCUCUCUGAAUAUUUCCCAAUGAUAUUUGAUUUAAGUUGGACUUUAAAUGUAACAGCGUAGAAGCAAAAAGUAGCAAAUAAAGUACCUCAAACUUGUAUAUAAGUACAUUAAAUGUACUUUACAGAGCAGAGAGGGAAGAGCGCACUGCUUUUAACAUGUGGACUCUGAUGCACGUCCUCACUAACACCCCCACUGGGAACAUGUUCCUCCUCAUCCCACUGCUUCAAAUAUUAAUGACUUUAUUUUGGAAUGAAAUGCACUAAUGCUGCUCGCUUCAUUUGGUCUUUGGCUCUAACUCUCCCGGCUCUCUUUCCUCUUUUAUCUCUCACAUUCUUUUCUGUCUGCAGAUCUCUGGAGAGGUGAGGAAGUUAACCGCCUCUUUAACUCUAACAUGCAUAUCUCACUUCUUUGUGCCACUCUGUUGUGUGUUGUGAUGGUGUGUGAUUAGAUUUGAUUGAUCCUGUUCAACAGUUAUGUGUAUUUAUAGCAGUGUAGUUAUGUGAUGUCCUUAUUCCAUCAGUACAGUCAGAGUCAUGUCAUGUGUUCCACUUGUAGGCAGGCCUUUAUUGUGAAAAACCAUCAGGAAGUGUUGUUGUUAACAGUAGCUUA